UUGCUCAACCUUAAGAGCAUCAAAAGACUUGAAAAGACUUGGGACUUGACCGCAUUCGGUACAAGUAUUCUUAUCAUCCCCGGUCACGUGCUGUCUACGGAACCUCGGUUGCGCGAGACGAGCCGAUGGCAAUCCGGAGUUCGAGCCGCCGGUGUUCAGUUACGUCUCCAACUGAGUCCUUCUCUCUGCUUGAACGAUCAUGGUCGCAACAUGAGUUCUGCAAAUUUCGCUGCUGCUCAAAAGCGAGUUUUGGAGCGCCGUCGCCAGCGUGAAGCUGAAACUCGCGCCCGCAUCGCGGAGCAGCAGCGAGCGUCGCGCGUCAACAGAGCUGCUGUGGAGCGGCUCCCAGCUCCCUUGAACAGACUCUCAGGCGCCGGUCUCGCUCUAUGGGAUACAGUCAAGGGGCGGGAAGGAACAAGGCCUGCCUUUCGUGUUGGUCAGGUCGACGCGGAACUUCUGGAUGAGGAGUUGCUGGGACUCUUGAAAGGACAGGUCGGAGAGGCACUGAAAUACUUCGGGCCUCAUGUCCGGGAUGACUGGUCCAGUGAGAUCCAACUUGGGCUGCGCGCUAUUCUCUUCAAGCUCUCUAUAUGGGACCAUAAUGCGUCAUACGGUGCGGCGCUGCAGAACUUGAAAUAUACCGAUAGUCGGAGUCAGGGCCCUGUCUUUUCGCCUCCCACGAAAUGGCAGAAGAUCCUCUAUGGUCUGUUCACGGUUGGCGGUCGCUACGCUUGGGACAGAUGGGAAAGCUGGUUGAUUGACAAGCAAGGUGGUUAUGAAGAGCCUUCAUCGGAAGUGCGGCUAUUAUCGAAGAUUACGGACAUAGUUUCGACGUCGCAUUCCAUCGCGGCAUUUGCCUCCUUCCUUGUCUUCCUAGUGAACGGACGAUAUCGAACGCUCGUCGAUCGGAUACUUCGGAUUCGUCUCACGCCUCCGUCAACUCAGGUUAGUCGUGAGGUAUCAUUUGAAUACCUUAACCGCCAGCUUGUAUGGCACGCAUUUACCGAAUUUCUCUUGUUUCUGCUACCUCUGGUCGGAAUCAGUCGCUGGCGUCGUUGGCUAUCGAGAGCUUGGCACAGAACUGUCUCUAUUCUGAGAGCAAGCGGUGAUGAUGCAGAGGUCCCUGAGAAGCGAGGAGAAUUGGCUUUCCUUCCAGAACGAACAUGCGCUAUCUGUUAUCAGGAACAGAAUCCCACGUCUACAUCGGAGAGUGACGUUAUUGGAAUGUCCGCAGCGUCAGGAGGUAUCAUCGGUUCUGCUCAAACUGAUAUCACAAACCCUUACGAAACUAUACCAUGCGGGUGCAUAUACUGCUUCGUCUGUAUUGCGCAGAAACUGGAAGCCGAAGGAGGUGAAGGUUGGGUCUGCUUGCGCUGCGGCGAGAUCGUAAAGCAGUGCAAGCCUUGGAAUGGCGACGUGUUGGAAGAAGAUCGCCGCCCAGCUGGGAAUGGCAAAAAUGUUGGAUUCAUCUUGGGGCCAAGCCCAGAGGGUGAGGAAACAUCCGAGAAAGCAUCUAACUCGUCCACCGGGACAACAGCGUUCGAAGCAUUAGAUGCAAACGGGGGUCUCCAGGAUUCUGUUCACUGGUCGACCGUCGAGAAAGAGGCCAGUGAAGCUGGAGACGCAGAACAUGAGGAGUCACAAUAGAUGACGCCGGGACAACCAUUCUGGAAAGGUCGUCUACGCAGAAGCUAGCAGCUCUCUCUAGGGCUGGCGCUAAAAGAACAUGUCCACAGCAGGAACUUCAUUCUAGCCGAUACCCUACAAGGUUUGCUUCGAAUAUGGUGAUUGCCCAGGCGGUACACAUAUUAGGCUCCCAAGGAACCAUUCGAGGUAUCAUCACCACAUAUACCAUCCGCAUUGUAUAUCUAUUUCAGUCUUGCAUUCUUCAUGAGGUUUUAUGAAAGUGGCAUUGUUUUCCUUAACGAUCGGACGGGUUUAUUCACGAACGCACAUUUCAAAUGAGGGGAGAGCCGAAUG